AAGGGAGCUAACCGCGAUUAACCGGAAACAGUUACAUGCUAGUUAUUAUCCAAGAUGGCUUCUGUGAUGACUGGCGGUUUGUCUUAUUCCAGCAUGAGCAAUCAGAUUUAUAGCGACAUGGGGAUGGACUGGAUGAACCAAGAACAGACCACAGGGACUACAAUUGCUGCAGUUGAAUUUAAUGGUGGUGUAGUCAUUGGGGCUGAUUCAAGAUCAACAGCAGGAGUUUACAUAGCAAAUCGAGUAACUGAUAAGUUGACAAAGAUGACUGAUUAUAUUUACUGUUGCCGCUCUGGAUCAUCAGCUGAUACACAAGCUGUUGCAGAUAUUGUCCACUACCACCUUAACUUUUACAGAAUGGAAAUGGGUGAAGAGCCUCGAGUCAAUGUUGCUGCUAAUAUAUUCAAAGAUCUUUGUUACAAUUAUAGAGACAGCAUUACAGCUGGUAUUAUAGUAGCCGGAUGGGAUGAACAGAUGGGAGGUCAGGUUUACACUAUCCCGCUGGGUGGUAUGAUCAAUCGUAUGCCGUGUGCCAUUUCUGGUUCUGGAAGCAUCUAUAUUUACAGUUAUGUUGACUCCAACUUCAAACCUAACAUGACUAAAGAAGAAUGCUUGAAGUUUACAGCUAAUUGUAUUUCCUUAGCAAUGACCAGAGAUGGUAGCAGUGGUGGAGUUAUUCGUCUUGCUGCCAUUACUAAGAAUGGUGUGGACAGAGUAAAUCUGAUUGGUGAUGAAAUACCAAAGUUUAAUGAUUCUUAAGUAAAAUAAAUAUAUCCUAACUUUUCAUUUUCCUAAUCUAUCAUAAUCAUUUCUUUUUUGUUACAAUAAAGAAAAUAGAAUGCAAGA